GAAGGUGUGUCUGCUGGGAUUGUGGAAGGCACAUGUCAACAGCUGAUCUGGGCCAUAUACACUUACACAGUAUAAAGCUCUUGAAAUAACAAGAGCAACACACAAUAAUGGACUUGCUAAAGGAGCAGGGUGAAGAUCGGCCUCUUUUCUCCCAUCACAUUUGCGAAAACUGGAAGUUUAAAUUUUUACCAUUUUGUUGUAUUUAUAUCAAGUUCAAGUAUCAUUCUUUACAUUUACAGUAAACUGAUAAAAAAUAAAAUAGCAAGUAUCAGGAAAAAAACUUCA